AUGGAGGCGGCAGCCCAGACCAUCUUGAGCAACGCUGGGCUGCUCCUGAGUGAGGAGUACCGGCUGCUUAGCGGCGUCGGCGGCGAUGUCGCUGAGCUGCGGGACGACAUGGCCACCAUGAACGCCCUCCUCCGCAUGCAGUCCGAAGCCGAGGAUGGCGCCGUGGACCACUUCGUCCGGGAGUGGAUGAAGCAGCUGCGCGAGCUCGCCUACGACGCGGAGGACUGCGUCGACCGCUACGUGCUCCGCAUCAAGUCCAGGCCCAGCGACGGCGUGCGCGCCAGGUUGGAACGCCUGCUCGGGACGCUCUUGCCGCGCCGUCGCCUUGCCUGUGAGAUCGGCGCCCUCCGCACCCGCGCCAUCACCAUCAGCGAGCGCCACGCCCGGUACGGUGUUAACCGUGACGCGCUGCGCCGCUCCACUUCCUUUGCCCCUCCGGUGCUGGCGGUAUCCGCGUCUGUGCAGGCGCUCCGUCCUGCCAAGGACCCCGGGAACCAACAAGUCGUUGCCAUCGGGGACCAGGCCAACAGCCUCGCUGAGCGGGUGAAGAAGGCGUCUGCUGAGCAAGACCGGUAUCUGAAGGUGUUCUCCAUCGUGGGGUUCGGCGGCGUCGGCAAGACGACGCUGGCCAUGGAGGUGUGCCGGCGGCUGGAGGCGGAGUUCCAGCGCCAGGCGAUGGUGUCCGUGUCUCAGGCGUUCGAGGCCGACAGGGAUCUCAAGGCGCUGCUCAAGCGCCUGCUUCAGCAGGUGGUCAAGGACAAAACGGACAAUGAGAGAGGCAUCAAGGAAGAGGGGAACAUUGGUGGAAUUGACAACUUGAACGACACUGACCUGGCCACAAAACUCAACGACUGCCUCAAAGACAAAAGGUACCUAAUUGUGAUUGAUGAUAUAUGGACCAUUCGAGCAUGGGAAGCAAUCCAAUCUGUGUUGCCAGAGAACAAUUGCCACAGCAGAGUCAUUGUUACCACUCGAAUAGACACUGUAGCCAAAGCAUGCAGUCCUGCUAGUGUCAAUGCAGAUUAUAUCCAUCAGAUGCAACCCCUAAAGUUGGAGGAUUCAAAGAAGUUGUUCAUCAGCAGAGCAUUUGGCUCUGAGGAUGCCGAGUUCCCCCAGGAGCUCGAAGAUGUGAUGGACAAUAUUUUGAAAAAAUGUUGUGGGCUGCCAUUGGCCAUUGUUAGCAUCGCCAACAUUCUGGCAGGCUAUAAGUCAUCGGGAAGCAAAGAAAAGUGGGAAACAAUUUGCAGAUCCAUUGGUUCACAGAUGGAGAGCAACCCUACCCUUGAGGGUAUGAGGCAUAUAGUCACCCUCAGCUACAAUCACUUGCCUUAUGAGCUCAAGAGUUGCAUGUUGUACCUUAGCAUUUUUCCUGAGGAUUAUGAGAUCAACAAGGACCGGCUCCUAGGCAGAUGGAUCGCCGAAGGAUUGGUCCCGGAGAAGCGGGGCUUGACCCUAAUGGAGGUUGCAGAAUCCUACUUGGACGAACUGGUGAGCAGGAACAUGGUUGAACCACGCUUUGGCUUUGAUGGGAAGGUGGAGUCAUGUCGAGUGCAUGACAUGCUCCUUGAGGUCAUGGUGUCCAAGUCCCUCGAGUGUAAGUUUGUCAGCCUGCUAGGAGGGCAGUAUGCAGGGAUGUCAUAUGACAGGAUUCGGCGCCUCUCGAUCCAUGGGGAUGACAGGAAGGCCCUCGGUACAAAGCAGCCCAAGAAGAAGAAGGUGGGGCAUGGAAUUGAGGGGAUGGAUGUGGAGCAUAUUCGAUCAUUGAGCUUGUUUCAGCUAAUAGGGCACAAGCUGCUGGAUCACCUACAUAGGUUAACCUUGCUGAGGGUACUUGACUUGGAAGAUUGCGAGGGCCUAACAAAUGAGCAUAUGAGAUAUAUCUGCAGGUUGUACCUUCUCAAGUUCUUGAGCUUGAAGGGUACAGGUAUCAGCGAGGUGCCACCUCAGAUUGCGAAGCUAGAGCACUUGCAGACACUUGAUACACGUGGGACGUUCCUGCCCAACCUACCAGAAGCGGUGACCAAUCUGGAAAAACUUGAGCGCAUAGAGUUCAGACACAAGACUGAAUGGUAUAUUAUGUGGAGUCUGCCACGGGGUCUCGAGAAGAUGAAGGCGCUACGUGAGGUGAAUGUAGCAGUUCUAAAAAAUGAAGUCCAGAUUGCCCGAGAGCUAGGCAAAUUACAACAACUUCAAAGUUUAAGCAUGUACAUCGACUGCCGUGAUGAUAAUAGCGAGGUUUUCCAAGAGAUUGCUGACUCUUUGAGUAAGCUCUACUCCCUCCGAAGACUUGACAUAUCAAAUUUAGAGAUUCAUAAUGGAAAGAUGUCAUUCCUAGAUAAACUCCACACACCGCCACGGCUCCUUCGGUCCCUGAGGAUCGAAGGUGUUCUCCAAAGGUUGCCCCCUUGGGUUGAAUUACUGACAUACCUUGUCGAGUUUCAGAUCAUGCGUGCAAGGCUUGUUGGAGACCUACUUUUUAGUGUCCUGUAUAAGUUGCCCAACCUGAAGAGCAUUUGGAUGGAUCGGAGGUGCUACAACUCCGAUGAGAUAGUUGCACGCAGUACCUACACCUUCCCUGUGCUCAGCAGCCUGAGGGUGACCUGUGAUGAGACCUCACUGCCGAAAGUUUUCCUGUUUGAGGAAGGAUCCAUGACAAAGCUCGAGACAUUAAAAGUGAAUUUCACUGAGGUGGAGAGGAGCAUUGUCGGGUUUGAGCACUUGCCAAAUCUCAAAGAGGUAGAGCUCACGGGUAAUAAGAACAACUCAUCACUAAACCGAGCACUGGAUCAGCUGAGGGAUGAGAACAGGAGGCGCUCCAAGUCCAGUCAGUUCCAAGUUGUAGUGAAAUACAUGUGA